AUGCCCAUCGGCGCGCCUGGACUCAAGGCCGUCAUGUCAUAUUAUCAGUCAGCCAUGAAGGUGACCCAAGAGGGCGAUGUGUCGGUCAGUGAUGAGACAAUUCAGGGACUAGGUACUGCAACCUCCUUUCUUAAGCACUCGCUCUUUGGGGCCAUCACCCGAAUUGCUUCACCAGCACCAGCACCAUCACCCUCACCAUCUAAAGCUACGCAGCCCGCAAGCAAUCCACCUCUCCCGUCACUUCACACAGAAGCCGCCGUUGUCUCUGAUCAUGACGACCGAUCAUAUGCAUCGCGUGCCCGGGCCUUUAUGAGCAUGCUGACGGAAUUCGUCCCUGAUCCAGGCUAUUUCCUGGCUGGCGGCAUAUCAGGCGUUGCUUCGAGAACCACCACCGCCCCUCUUGACCGUCUCAAAGUCUACCUCAUCGCCCAGACUGGCACCAACGAAGCCGUGCAAGCCGUCAAAAGUGGUGCACCCGCAGCAGCAGCAAAGUCGAGCGCAAACACUUUGGUCAGAGCCUGCAAGGAGCUUUGGGCCGCAGGCGGUAUUCGUAGCUUGUUUGCUGGCAAUGGUUUGAACAUCGUCAAGGUCAUGCCCGAAUCUGCUGUCAAGUUCGGCUCGUACGAGAUCUCACCAGUCUCGCAAUUCAUUGCGGGCGGUGUAGCAGGGAUGGUUUCACAAGCUGUCGUCUACCCUCUUGACACACUGAAAUUCCGAAUGCAAUGCGAAACUGUACCAGGAGGCCUUCGUGGAACAAAGCUCAUCGCCGCAACUGCCGUCAAGAUGUGGGGUAAGAACGGCAUCUUCUCCUUCUACCGCGGCUUGCCCAUGGGUCUUGUUGGCAUGUUUCCCUAUGCGGCCAUCGAUCUGGGUACUUUCGAAUAUCUGAAACGCACCAUCACCGCAUACAAUGUCAAAAAGUACGGAGGACACGAGGUCGAUGCUGCACCUAGCAGCUUCGCAACAGCUCUCAUAGGCGGCUUCAGUGGUGCCAUUGGCGCUUCCGCCGUCUAUCCCCUGAACCUACUCCGAACCAGAUUGCAGUCGCAAGGCACUGCUAGCCACNCCCGUACUUACACGGGCAUCAUGGACGUCACCAGACAGACGCUUGCAGGAGAAGGUGUUAGAGGUCUCUUCAAGGGCCUCACACCCAAUCUGCUCAAGGUCGUGCCAGCCGUCUCCAUCACCUACGUCGUUUACGAAAACACCAAGAAAGCCUUGAACCUUCGCUGA